CGCAUGCAACACAUCGUUUCUUCCUAUAUGUGGUGCAAUCACUGAAAACUGUUUUAAAACCCGUAUAUAAAUUUCUUCAUGUAAAUAAGUAACUUUAUUGAAUUAGAAUAACAAUUUAGAGAAGAAAAAUUUGUUGAAACAAAACGAGUGAGGAUCACCAAAAGUGGAUAAUUGUUUUUAUUUUUAUAACAAAUAAUGUGUUACGUGAAUGAGAAAUUUUAUAAAUAGUGAUCAUAUUUGAGUAAACUAUAAUAAAACUUAUCUAAUAUUUUUUAAAUGUAAAAAGAAGUAUCUUUGUAAUUUAGUUAUAUAGCUGAUUGACAAAUCUAUCGUGCAGAAACAAUCGUGACCGAUGAACGAAGGGGCAGGUGUAAAUUCAAGAGUCAUGUAGAGCACAGCACCAUGUGAAAGCACAUUAGGUAUAUGAAAGAUACUAUGAGCAUAAAUUGCACGUUUGUAAGAUAUAUAUUGGUUAGUAUGUUCUUGAACUCCACUAUAUACUGAAGAUAUUCGUGCAAUAGUACGCAUUGUGCAUACAUAUGUACACAUUGGUACGUGAACCGAGUAAUUCUGGAAUAUGGUGAUAGAAAUUAGUAUAAAAAUAAUUGGAUAAGAUUUUUAUAGAGCUUUUCUACGAAGAGCAAUUCAAUAAAUUGAUAACCAAAAAAACUCUAGUGGGCAGUUAAGGGUGGACAGGUAUAAUCGGGACCAGGUUCAACAUCAAAUGGAUGCGUUUGCCCCGGGCAUUUGUGAUAGUGAUAGUGAAAUCGAGAGACGAGAAACGUGCUCGAUUUAAAUACAUAAAUGAGCGAGAGGAGUCCACAAUGGUGGCCCGGCUCCCGCAACAAGUUCUGCUGCUUCUCGUACUCGUUACUGGAGCUACUUCGGGAACCUACACAACAAAAGAAUCCAAUUGGCAUGCUAUGACUGAUGAAAAAAAUUCCAAAUUAUCCGACAACACACUAAGCACUUCAUCGAAACAAAAACUACUCAAGAGUUUAACCGUAUUUCCGAACAAAUAUUAUCCUAAUACGCUAUCGAAAGUUUCGAAUUCUAAUAUCCGAUUGGAAAGGACCAACGCAGCGACCCGUAUUAACUUAGCAAACAGUCAAGUUAAAAUGGCUCCAUUGCUGACUUCAAGUGGAGCAAUUGGAGAUGACACUGGUUUACAAGUUGAUGACAAGGAAAGAAAAGCAGCUGAAACUUACGUUGAAGAAGAUAUCGAAAAAACGAUUUCACCAAUCACUGAUAUGAGUACCAAAAAAAAAGAAAAGUUAUUCCAAUCACUUUCAAUCCAAUUGGAUAUUCCAGACGAAAUACAUCUAACGAGACUGAAUGGUUCCCGUCAAACAGAAGUAUUGCCAAAGGGGAUUGGAAAGCAAGCAAUGAGAGAAUCCUCUUCGAUGCUGCCCGCAGGAAUCGAAAAGUAUGAAAAAAUCAACGCAAGGGGCCUUGAUGCUACCACAAAAUCUACUGCAGGAAAUCCAACUCCAUUCAGCUUAAGGAUUCAAUUGGAUUCGACCGGCACAAUUUCAAGCACCGACGUGACAAACCCUCUUCUUCCAGAUCAACCAGUGAUAGAAGACGAUGUUAAAAUGCUUUCCCAUCCAACCGAACUACAUUCGUCCACCCAUUCACUUCAAUUUCAAUCGAAAAGCACUGAAAACCACGUGAUGCUUGUACCUAGCUCUAUAACAAGUCCAGCUAAGACGGAGGCAGAAUAUGAACAUGCUUGGCUCUCCGAUCAAUCCAACACUUCUCUCCUCUCAACUCAACAUUCAACCGUAAAUCGAUGGCUCCAGUUCCAAGAUCACGAAUCCACUUUGCCUACUACAGUGGUUGGUCCAUUUCGACGGUAUAUGCGGGAUGCCCCUAAGAACCUUUGCGAGAAGUUUGAAAUAGGCGAUGACGCCAAACGGGAAUUCUACAGUCCCAACUACCCGCAGAAUUAUCCACCUUCGGUCGAUUGCGUCAGAGUCCUUGAGGCGGACAGAGGAAUGCUGAUAAAACUCGAUUUCCGAGACCACUUCGAGCUGGAAUCUGCUAUGCCAAUCAAAGACAAUAAGGACUCCGAAUGUCGAUUCGAUUUUCUCGAAGUACGGGAUGGUCAGCAUGGUUUUUCCACUCCCAUUGGAAAUUACUGCGAUAAAAACUUUCCUCCUGAAAUCACAUCCAAGUCCCGAUACCUUUGGCUACGCUUUCACAGUGACGAAACGAUCGAGUACAAAGGAUUUAAAGCUGUCUGGAGUAUGGUCCCUCGACCAACCUAUCCUGGAGUAUCACCGGAACCGGAACCCUGCAUUAGGAAUGUGACUGACGAGUACGAAGCAAUAAUCAGUAGUGCAGAUGUUGAGGAAGAGAAGAAAAUCGCAGAAAAGAAUGGAAUGCCAUUGGAUUGUUUGUGGGUUGUUACCGUAAAAGAAAAAUGGAGGAUGCAGUUAGGAUUCGAUGUUUUCAAAUUGGAUAAACCCAACGAUUGCGAUGCUAAUUUUUUAUCUGUUUUUAAUGAGAAACCGGAAAUGCCUUCAUUAUUGAGAAACUUUUGUGGUAGCAUUGCUGAAGCAGUUGUUACCAAGUCUCACAUCAUGUAUAUUCGAUUUUAUGUAGAACCCAAAGCCAUCAAUAGUACUUUUACAACUUUAAUGACAGCAGUAAGAGAUAAAGAAAGUAAUGAUGCUUCUUGUGAAGAAGACGAAUACGAUUGUGAUGAUGCAACAUGCAUAGCCGGAUUUUUACGAUGCAAUAACCGUGAAAACUGUCGCCUUAAAUGGGAUGAAGAUCCAUCUAUUUGUGGGCAAGGCAAAGGGUCAAUUGCUCUAGACUCAACAAGGAUCGUAAUUAUUCUAGUUAUAUUUUCCAUGAUUAUGUUUGGCAUGUGUUUCGCUUUUAUAUUCAACUGCGUUCAAAAACUUAUACGAGACCAUCGAAUAAUUCAAGAACAUAUAAGGCAGUCUCGAGAAAAUCGUUUGGAUGAAAUAGGUCGCAAAGCAACGCCUUGUCCAAUAUCAUCGACGCAGACAGAUAUUCGUCAGAGAAGUAGUGAGUCACCAAGUUUAGAAAUAGACUCAAGCAAGGAACUAAUACCACCGACGACUCUUAUUGCUCAGGAAUACACAAAAGAGCUCGUAUUGGAGAUGAACUAUGGAACGACAGAGAUAAAUGACAUUCACCAGAGCAACAAUGUUAGUAAUGCAACGCAGGAACGUUUACAAGAAUCAACAGAGGAGCCAGAAAUGUGUGACAGUUCUUGUCAAACUCGGGAAAGUCUUUUUGAUCCUCGCAUUGUAGACCCGGGAAUACCAUCACCAGCAUUUUCAACAUUUGGUUAUCGUAGUGCUACUAAUUCUCAAAAUGGUGUAAGCACAAGUUCACGAAAAUCGUCACAAGGUCAAUUGUCAAGACAAAGUCCAAAACAAAUUUCUCUGAACAGUUCUGGUGUCAGACGACCCUCCGAGCAAUGCUCUAUUUGUAGUUCAACUGUAAGACAAGACAGUGGUAAUGGAAUUUGUCCAAAGCAUACUCCAAUACCUGCACCACCAGGAUGGUCAGUUCAUGAACCACCAUACUCGCCAGUCCUAACAUCUGGUGGCUACACCGAGUCUGACUAUCCAAGUUAUCAGAGGUACCAAAGCCCCAAACCAGAGAGAGUGGCCAAAAACUAUCAGGAGUCUAGUCUCGUGAGGCAGGCGACUGUUGGUUCAAGUGAAAAAUACGGAGGCUCUUCAUACGGCUCUGGUCGUGGAUCCAAUAACACUGCCAGCAAUGCACAUAGCUCUCCACAUUCAGGAACUCCAAAGUAUUCACCCUCAGACCCCCGAUAUCGAGCGGAGGCGGUCAUCGAGGUAGACCAAAAGAGGCCUUUUAGCAUAGAAAGUACCAAAAGUGCUCCGGACGUCAUCGCGACGCACUGACGACGGGAAGCUGGGGAUUGGGAACCUUACAAAAGACGCCAUCCCCGUCUGAGUCAUCAGAACUGUCAAUCACACAGUACCUUUAACCGAGUGCCACUAAUAAGUGUUGGCACACAGAGUUCGUUAGAUGAUGAUACCUCAAUGACUGCUACAUUUGAAAUGAUCAUGACUUCCUGAUCUUCGUGUUCUACCGCGUUACGUCCAAGUACCCAAAGCCUUGACACUUCACCGCACUUGGACGAUUUACCCAUCUUAAAACCACCUAGAGAGUUUCGAUCACCUGUCAUUACAUGGAGGCAUUGCAAUUGUGUUGGACACUCCCACCUAACAUCUAUACGUCCUGCUAUGCCUUGUUGUUUACUCAAACGUUGCACGCAAGAUACGUUAUAUCGAACAUGGCCUAGUAGACUAACCAAUACAAGACCCAGGAAAAAAAACACAGCAACCCAAAGCUCUCCUGGGAUCAAUGGAAUACCAACUACAGAUAUCGAUCGGACUGUUUGGUUUACAGGUUCAAUAGAAAAAUCUUUGACCAGUGAUAUUGGUGUGUCAAUACCUUUCUGAAGUUCAUUUCAUGCUGUGAGAAGCGUUUUUAACACAAUCAUCGAGGCUUUGUACAUUUCCAGGGUAAAAAUGGUGGAUGUUGAUAAUUAAAGACUCAGGAAAAUCGAUUUUUGAUUUAAUAAGAACAGUACGCACAGUUAGAGUAGCUUUGUUCAUUUAUUUCUUUUUCCUCUCUGCCCAUCUUCAACAGUUAUUUUAUGUCUAGUCUAGUCAGCACUGCCAAAUGAUUAAUUUCUUUUUAAUAUUUAAAGAAGCUGAUCAUUCAAAACUAUUAGUUAAAUAAUAAUUGUACAUUUAUAUAUGUGUAGAUAAAUACAUAUCGCUGUCCAGGUGACAGAUCUCUGUAAAAUAUAAAUUUUUAAAGUUUCACAAGGAACAGUGAGUUUCAUGUAGAAGAUGAAAACAUGUAAUUUACUCGAAAAUGAACUUUCAAGUUCUUACAAUAUUUCAUAUACUAGAUAAUAAUGUACUAUUACAUGAAAUGUUUUUCAUAAAGUUUGUAAUUAAAUUUUUAAAGACCUUUGAAAAACAAACACUAUAAAAUACAAAUGUAAAUGGCAAUUUACAAUCAAUAUAUAAUAUAGUGUAUGAAUAGUAAUAUUAAUUAUGCGGUUAUUGACAUAUAUAUAAAUACUGUAAAAAAAUAGUAUUUCUAAACGGUCUAUUUUUUCACAUUGAUUAAAUAAAUUGAAUAUGUCGAAUUUAACGGCAUCGUUCAUACCUACGGAAAUUAUUGAAGGUUGCAUUUAUUUAUUUUUAAUUAAUUUUGCAUUUUUUCAUUGAUGAAAAAUAUGUCAAAAUAGCGAUAUUUAAAAAAAAAAAAUUUUUUUUUAUUAUUCCGAGUGUGAACGAUAUAUAGAACAUAAUGAGAAAUGAUUUUAAUCAAUGUAGUCAAUUAAAUUUAUUAUCAAGUGAUGUCAUUUUGAUGUAUCUAUAAAGGAAGAUGAACAAUAUCAUACCAGGUGAAGAUCACUAUGUACAUGUAAUUAUAAUAUAGAGAAGCAAUAGUGCUUUAUGUACAGAUUAUGAAUUAACAAUAGUGCGUAGAUGAACGUACAGGGUGUACACAUUUGUAUAUAAUAUAUGAGUUAAUCAUAAUUAUUUGUUAAAAAUUAGCAUAGUAAAUAAAUAAAUAUUUAUUAGAUUCAAUUAA